AUGGCUUCGGCUAUGUCUCUAGAACCACACGACUUCUACGCCUGCCAGAACGUCUGUGAGGUUGACGUCUGCUUCAGCCUGGAGCUCACAUUGGAAUGUGUCAGAUCUUACAUCUUCCCAACGCCCAUGGAAUGGCUCUUCAUCUGCCUCCAUCUGGUGCUCUUCACUGUUGGAGUCCUGGGCAACUUCUUGGUCUGCUUCGUGGUGGUCCGCUCCAAGCACAUGCAGACGGUGACCAACUUGUUUAUCAUGAAUCUCGCAGUGGCCGAUUUUAUUGUGCUCGUUCUGUGCUCACCGCCGACAGUUCUGCAGUCAGUCACGGAGACCUGGUACAUGGGCGAGGUCAUGUGCAAAGUGGUCGUCUUUUUUCAGAACACCGUUAUCGGAGUGUCCGUGCUGACGCUGAGUGCUAUCGCUGUAGAGAGGUACUUCGCCAUCUGCAGGCCCCUACAACCCAGGAUUACACAGAGGAAGGUCACAGUUACCGUUCUGGUCAUCUGGUUGAUCAGCGCAGCUAUGGGCUCUCCGAACAUGACCAAUAUUGUUGUUACAUAUUUCAAGAAUGCAGAGUUGAACCAGUACCUGGCGACCUGUCAGAGCGGUUUGGAUUACCAGAUGGCAGAGGUCUACUUGAUGUUUAUAGUCAUCGCCUUCUACUUGGUGCCAAUGGUCAUCAUCGGUAUCUUCUACUUAAUCAUCUCCCAUCAUCUGUGGCACGUUCGAGUGCCUGGAACAACGAUAAGAGGUGAAUAUUUCACGUUACGCUUGUUUCAGCACACCAAAAUGCUAAUAGCAAUAGUUUUCCUAGCAGAUUCUAUAACAAACCUACUAAAGGUGUGUG